AAGGGUAAAGCUGCGUGGUCACCUUGGAGACCAAGGACGCGACUUCUCCUCAGGAGAGGGCGGAGCUUUGGAGUGAGAUCCAGGAGGUCAAACCCCCAAAAGAAAACUAGGAGCCUAAAUAAGGAUCAGGACCAAGGGAAGGGAGUUGAGAAAAUGGGAGAUAGUUCCACAGACACAGAAAAAGAAGAGGAAGAGGAAGAGGAAGAGGAGGAUGAAAAAGUUCAAAAAGACCUCACCUAUGCCAUAGUGCCCACAAUUAACAUUCAAGAUGAGCGGUUCGUGGAUUUGUCUGAAACUCCAGCUUUCAUUUGUCUGAAUGAGUUACAUGCCAUGGGAAAAAUUCCUGGAACCAGAAUGGCAGAAUUAAAAGCCAAGUACACCUUGCUGCAUGACACCGUGAUGAGCACCCAAGAGUCAGAGGUCCAGCUGCUACAGAAUGCCAAAAAUUUUACUGAGCAAAUACAACAGCAGCAGUUUCACCUGCAGCAAGCUGAUAGUUUCCCAGACGCAUUCUCCACUGAGGUCUCCAAGAUGAGAGAACAGCUGCUCAAGUAUCAAAAUGAAUAUAACGCAGUGAAGGAAAGAGAGUACCAUAAUCAGUACAGACUAAACAGUUUAAGAGAAGAAAAGGACCUCAUGUUAAAGGAAUUUGAGAAGAUACCUAAGCCAGGAGAAAUGGAGAAGAAGAUGAGAAUACUCAGAGACAGCACUGAAGAAUUACGUAAAGAAAUAAUGCAGAAAAAAUUAGAAAUUAAAAAUUUGCGGGAAGAUUUGACAUUUAAGCAAAAGCAAUUAGUAAAGGAACAGAAGGAACUAGAAGAAUUGCUGGAACACCAGGUUGUCCUAAAGGAUGAAAUGGUCUACCAUCAAACUGUUCCUGUACAGAUUGUAAAAGAGAUUGAAAAAAUGGCACGCAGAAAAGUAGAAAUGGAAAAGAUAAAUAUUAUCUUGGAACUUGAAGUCAGAGAGCUAAACGACUCCCUAAAGAAAAUUGAAAACAAAAUUAGUGCUGUAGUAGAAGAGAAGGAGGAUGUAAUGAAGGAAGUUGAAGGCAAAAGAACCUUGCUUGAAGUCAAAGAACGAGAAUAUAACCAACUAGUCAAGCUAUUGGAAUUAGCCAGAGAGAAUGAAGCCACUUCGCUAAGUGAAAAAGGGAUCUUAGAUCUCAAUAUACGAAACAAUGUCAUCGACAAGCAGAACUACCAUGAUGAGUUUUCUCACAAGCAAAGAGAGAAGGAGCGAGAUAUUCGAAAUUUAAAAAAGAUGGAGAUGCUCUUGAAAGUGUCCUCAGAUUCACUUACUCAAACUCAAGCCAUGUAUAAAAGGCUUCAAUUAGAGAUUGAAGCAAUCCCUAAAGAUGAUUCUGUAUUACCUGAGAGAAGGAAAGAACUCCACAGGGAAGUUGAAGUAGCUAAGAGGAAUUUGGUCCAACAGAAAGUUCUAUCAGAAGCUGAGUUAAAGUUGGUAGAAAAGCAAGUUAUAGAAGAAAACAAGCUUUUAAAGGAGCAAGAACACUUCCGAGAACUGCUGUUCCACCUUGUCCGUAUGACACAAAUCAAAAUUGAUGAAAAGGACCAAAAGUCCAAGGAUUUCCUGAAAGCUCAGCAAAAAUAUAACAACAUUGUUAAAGAAAUCAAAGCAAAGGAUCUUGAAAUCAGAAUAUACAGGAAGAAAAAACGUGAAAUUUAUCGAAGGCUCAGAGAGUUUGCAAAGUUGUAUGACACAAUUCGAAAUGAAAGAAACAAGUUUGUUAACCUACUUCAUAAAGCUCACCAGAAAGUAAAUGAAAUAAAAGAAAGGCAUAAAAUGUCAUUAAAUGAACUGGAAAUUUUAAGAAAUAGUGCCAUUACUCAGGACAGAAAGCUACAAAAUUCUGUGUUGAAACAUGCCAACAACGUUACUAUCAGAGAGAGCAUGCAAAAUGAUGUGUGCAAAAUCUUAUCAAAACUUCAAGAAAUGAAAGAGAAGAAGGAAACCCAGCUAACCAGCAUGGACAGACUUGCCAAUACGAUCACAACGAUAGAAGAGGAGAUGGUGCGACUCCGCAAAAAGUAUGAGAAGGCUGUGCAGAGGCGAAAUGAAAGUGGUGUUCAGCUGAUUGAGCGAGAAGAAGAAGUGUGCAUUUUUUAUGAAAAAAUAAAUAUCCAAGAGAAGUUGAAACUAAAUGGGGAAACUGAAAUACAUGUCCUGGAAGAAAAAAUCCGAUUCCUAAAACUGAAGAUAGCCGAGAAGCAAAGACAGAUUAGCGUGACAAAGAAGUUACUGCCAGUCAAGAGUGCCUUGGAUGCCGAUCUUGCGGUGCUCCAGAUUCAGUUUGCACAGUGUACAGACAGAAUAAGAGACCUGGAGAAACAGUUUAUAAAUCCUGGGGAUAAAAACAGAAUCCGUCUCCUUCGAGGGAAGGACCUGACAGAAGCAGAAAUGAUCAAAAAAUUAGAUGAGCUGGAACUACAGUUGGCCAAGAAGGAGGAGAAGUUACUAGAGAAGGAUUUCAUCUUCGAACAGGUCUCCCGACUUACAGACAGGCUCUGCAGCAAAACUGAGGCCUGCAAACAGGACACGCUGCUCUUAGCCAAGAAGAUGAAUGGCUAUCAGAAAAGGAUCAAAAAUGUUACUGAAAAAAUGAUGGCUCUUGUUGCUGAGCUGUCCAUGAAACAAGCCCUGACCAUUGAACUCCAGAAGGAAGUCAAAGAGAAAGAAGAAUUCAUCUUUUAUUGCAAUUCUAGGUUAGAAAAAGGUCUGCCACUCAAUAAAGACAUUGAGAGAGAAUGGAUGAAAGUACUUCGAGAUGAAGAAUUGUAUGAAAUGGCCCUCGCUGAAAAGUUUCGGGAGUUGCAAGAAAGAGAUAAUCAACUGCUGCCCAAUGGUGUUUACACAUCAGCGGAGCAGCGUCCAAAUGCCUACAUUCCAGAAGCAGACGCCACUCUUCCUGUGCCAAAGCCAUAUGGUGCUCUGGCUCCUUUUAAGCCCAGUGAACCUGGAGCCAAUAUGAGGCAUAUAAGGAAACCUGUUAUAAAGCCAAUUGAAAUUUGAAUGUGUAGACCAAUCCUCAUUUCUACAGCCAGAGCACGUGAGCAUCAUCAUUCUCACACUGCAGAUCAAUGAAGCGCAACCAGCAACAGUACAACUUGGUUCUUUUUACACUAACUUCUGUGUUUCACAUGAUGUUGAGAAAGACACAGAAUUGCCCCACAUUUCAAAGCAAAUAUUUUAAUUACUCAUGUAUUUUUCACUCUUCAUAGUUUCAGAAAUAUGUAGUAGGCAAGUGCAGAAUAAAAUAACUUUUCAUCAAAGUACAGAAUUAAAUUCUUUUUCAACUGCACACAUGGAACUUAAGAUAUCCCAAGGAUCACAAAGCAUAACUCAGUUUGUUGAGGUGGCUCUUGAAGGUCAUGUUAGUAAAUCUAAAUCAGGUAAGAAGCAGUAGCCAAGCUUGUCUUUUUUGAUGUUAUAGUGAUUCUUUUUCACAAGAAUCUUUUUGCCACACAAAUAUUUAUGUCCUAAUCUAUCUUUCUUAUGAAUCCGAAUUUUUCACAUUAUCUGUAAAUCAAAUGAUUAUUUUAAGCUCUAAUAACAGAUUUAUCAAAAUCUCAAAUUAAAUACUAUAUUGACAGUUUUGCAUGUGAGAGAGAAGACCUGAAAAUGAGGCCAAUUCUACUUACUACUCUAAUGUUACUGUAUUUCACCAAGUGUAUUUUCCUAAUUCUUAUUUCUCAUAUACAAGAAUAUACAACUAGGUUGAAACAUAUGUUUUUAUAGUCACUGGUAGUAAUUAUAAAUUUUAUUUCACAACUCUUGGAAUGAGAAAUAUAUCCCUUUAUUUGGAUAAAUAUUCUGUUCUAAGCCCCUAUCUUGUCAAAUUGGAAAAAUUAAUUUCCUUCUCAUUCUGAGUCCCAAAUCUAACCUAAUUGCUUUGCAGAGUUAUUAUAAAGUAAUUAUUUGGGAGUGCCUUUGAUAAGUAACACUAUAUCAACCAUGUAGUUAAUAAAUGAAUGCUAUAUACUUAAAGAGAGCUGUGUUGUAGAAACUAGUAAUCUCUUUAAGGACUCAAAAUAUAUGCACAUAAGUUUAAACACCAUAAGUGCAUUCUACUGUCAUGUAUAACUAAUAAGAACAAUUUUUUUAAAAGGUUUGAAGUUCAAACACCAAAAAAAAGGAAACACCUUUUAAAAAUCACAAGGGAUGGAUAUUUAACCAUUAUAAUGUAUACUACUGGUUGAGAGAAGGUAGGUGCCACCAUGUGUUGAAAUGACCUGGAUUAUACUCAAGUGGAACUUUUUUUCUUAUUUAAAUUUUUUGUAAUUGUAGGUGGACAAGCAUGUCUUUAUUUGUUUAUUUUUAUGUGUUGCUGAGGAUCAAACCCAGUGCUUCACAUAUGCUAGGCAAGCGCUCUGCCACUGAGCUACAGCCCCAGCCCCAUCAAACAGAACUUCUAAUCUGGCCCUUAAGCAUGAAAAAGAUUUUAACAGGUGGAAAGAGAUUUUAAGUGAGAGAAAUAGCUUGAAAAAGCUGUAUUCAUGUCCCUGUGAGCUGGCCUACCUGCAAAAAAGAAUGCUCAUGGUAUACAGGGUCAGGAUUUGGAAAAGUUGAACGAUAAGGAGUUUGAAUUUUCUUUUACUGAAUAGCAAGCUAUUGAAUGAUUAUGAGCAGACUGAUAGGAUCAAACUAAUGUUUAUCUUAAAUAUGUGUGUGAAAAAUUAGGCUUUAGACAAUGACAAUUCAAAAAAGACCUCAUUCAAAAGAAUCAGCACUGCAUUGCUGAUUUGGCUCCAAGAUCUUGAGGAUUGGUGACUAUGAAGUGUUUGAACAAAAGAGGAAAUUCUAUAGGAGAGGGCAAUUUUUAUAACACAAUGGUGACUUUUUUUUAAAGAAGAAAAGUUGAAUAAUCAUUGGUGAUAUUUAUAAUCAUUCAAUUUUCACAAGAAUACUGAAGAGGGGAAAAAAGCAUUAUAAGCUGAGUCCCAGAAGCAACUGUAUUUAUGGGUCAGAAUUAAGUCACUGUAAGAGAGAAAAACAGAAAAAUGGUACAACCAGUUAAGGUGUCCUGGGGAACACUAAAGGAACAUGUUCAUGGACUCAAGAUUCCUGGAUAAAAAGGCUAUGUUCAAAAACAAGAAGAGUCAGACCAAAGCUGUCAGCAUUUGGGUUUUUUAAUAGUAUAAUACUAAAUCAAACUUUUAUAAAUAUAAAAAAUUAAAUACCGUUCCAUCUGAACUAUCACAAAGACAAACCCUACUCUAUUACAUGUACAAAUUACUAUGUUACAAAUGAUGGUAUAGUGGAGAUAGAUUUUAUCUAGUCCAAUUUAAAAAAAAACUCCUUUUCAAGUAAAAUUCUUAUACAAUAUUUCUUCUGCUUGUUAUUUUUAAGUUUUUGCUGGCAUCAGCACUAUUUCCUACAUUUCUGAAGUCCAUUUUAUUCCAAAGUUCAACAGAAACUAGCUCUUGGUCUGCUUGGCCACUAGGAAGAGCACUGUUUAUGGCACUGUAGGUCAUCUUGGACUGUUUGUCAUUUCAAUACACUUGACUGUUUAUUGGUUGUUCAAAACUGGAAUGAGGUUAAUUCUGUCUAAACAAGGACCAAACUGAAAUUGAGACUGUUCAACAAUAUAUUCUGAUUUUUUAUCAGUUUUAAAUAUUGCUAAAGAAUUAUCAAUAUGAGUAAGGUUAAUGAGCAAGAUUAAAA